UUCGUGUGAGCAGUUUUGCUACUUGUCUGUCUGUCUGUGUUUCUCUUUCUUUGGAUGAUUGGACAUGGCAGAGGAAACGAAAGUCCGAGUUGUUCGUUGCCCUAAGUGCGAGAAUCUGUUAACAGAGCUCCCUGAUUUUACUGUCUACCAAUGCGGUGGAUGUGGUGCUGUUCUUCGAGCGAAAAAACGAACUUCCGCCUCUGAUACCUCAUCGGAAAAAUCUGAUGAAGAGAGGAAUAGACCUAGAGGAAAUUCUGGGGAAAAGGAGCGAGUUUUUGACCAAGGGAAAAUUAAUUUGAGUGAUGCUUCAGGGUUGGAUAGGGAGAGCGAUGGCCCUGAACUGGAACGCAGGAGGAGAAGGCCCGUAGCCUUGUCUGAAAGAGCAGCUAGCUCGAAUUAUACUUCUUCUUCCGGGCCUGAAAAUAGGGAUAUUGAGAGUGAUAAUCAUGGAGGAAGGGUUGAAACCAUGGUUGAUAAGGAACCUAAGUAUAGGUAUGCCUCCAAAGCUCCGGCCGAGGACUGGGUCGAGGUGUUAGAAGAAAUGAAUUUGAACAAGGUCGAAUUGGCUAAAGCCCUAAUGGGGAAAGAGGUUGGUGAAGUUAAAUUUAAAACUGCAAGUGGGAGCAGGCCUUGGGGGCCCGGGCAAAUUCCUGAUAAUUGGAGCAGUGAGAUGAAGGGGUCGUUGGCAUCUCGGAGAACCCAUAGACCCUUGGUUGAAGAUGUUAGAUUUCCAACUCUGCAGUAUCCUAACGAAGGCCCAUCAAACUACCACCGGGGUUCGUCUUAUGGCUAUGGCGAGCCAGUAAAGAACCAGAGCAACCUCGAUGGACCCAGUAGAGUCGAGUACCUUGAGCAAGAUCGAGCAGAGCUUCUGAGAAAACUGGAUGAGCUGAAAGAUCAACUUAGUAGAUCUUGUGAUAUAGCGGAGAAACCAAAAGAAAGGGUACCUGUAGCUAGGAGAAUGGUUCCUCUUCCUCCUCCUCCUCCUCCAGAUCCUUACGGCGGUCAUGGUACCUGGCCUCCAGAGGGCCUGCCGGGACCAAGUAGAGCUUCCGUGGCAUCUUUUGCUCCAGAUAAACACAUCCCCAGGCCACCUUACCAAAAUCAUGGACAUGAACCUAUUCCUUUGAUGAAUAGGCAUCAUGUAGAUAUGCAGCAGAAUUUCCAUCCUCCGUUGCACACCCCAAAUGAGAUUCCUGGUUUCGGUGAUCCAUUUGGACCCCAAGUGCUCAGGAGAGCUCCUCAUCAACCUGCCUUCAAAUACUCUCAAAGGUCAUCUCAUGAAUACUUUUCUCGGCACCAUGUGGAUGUUGAUUCGGAUCCCAUGGCACUGUAUCCGCAUAAUUCCCUCUUUGAUCAGACUGCAUGCUCUUGCUUUCAUUGCUACAACAAACAUUGGCAAGUACCUGGGCAAAUCCACCCUCCUGUUUUCAGCAAUAGGAGGUACCCAGAUGUUCCAACCUGUUCCAUUGUCAACCAUCUUGAAACUUCUGUUCCAUUUGGUUCACUGGGUUAUAAUCCUAGAGUUUUCAAUCCUCCUGUGUAUUCUCACGAACCAGAUGACCAUGCAAGAAGGCCGAUUCUACUUGAUUCUGACAUGGGUGGUUUUAAUCGAGGUCGCCCACAAAGGAUGGUGCUAGCAAAUUGGAAUGGACGCCGUUUCCGACCCAUAGCUGGUGGUGCACCAUUUAUAACAUGCCACAAUUGCUUUGAGUUGCUGCGACUACCUAAGAAACUUCUUUUAAUGGAGAGGAAUGAAUGGAAAGUUCGGUGUGGUUCCUGCUCUACUGUAAACCCAAUUGUGGUUGAGAACAAAAGGCUGCUUGUUUCUGUUCCUGCUGAAACCAAACAAACUCCUCCAGAGGUGCAUGGUGGUUCUAGUGAGGAAGUGAAAGAAGGCCCUACGUCUAAUAAUGGUUACACAAAUGAGACUAGUGUGAACUCCUACGCUGAUGACUUUGAUAACUCACAUUACUUUAAGUUUACAGAUCCUGAGCAUGAUUUAUUGGCAGAAGACCAGAGGUUGAACUUAAGCGAGUCUGGGAAGGUGCAUGGUCAGCUUUCUUCAUCCUCAAGUCCCUCUGAUGAUGAGAGCUCAGAUAGUGUAAUUACUAGGAGAGAGAUGUCCAACACAGCAGACUUGCCUUUGAGAGAAAAUGUGACUCCUCCAGUUCCGGGAUCACCCCUUCAGGGGCAACCUGAUCAUCUGUCUUCUGAUCAUGUGGUGAGCAAAUUAGAAAAGGGGAGCAGGAGUAAACGUUUGAGUCAGGAGAACAUGGUUAGGCAAGAUUCUUUGAAAGAUGCAUCAGUAGCUACUGAGAUGGAGGUUUCAUUCAAUGAGUUUUCAAAUACUGUGACGUCUCAGGAUUCUGGGGAGGCAAACAAAGAGGAAGAUCAACCGGGGAUCAGCAAGGCUCUUGAAUCAUUCUUUGCCAGCAUUAUUAAGAAGAGCUACAGGGAAUCAUCGAAAUCUAAUAAAUCAGUCGAGAAUGACAAAGCUAAUAAUGUGUCUAUUAAUGGACAUCCUAUUCCAGAUCGGUUAGUCAGGAAGGCUGAAAAGCUAGCUGGACCUGUUCAUCCUGGACAAUUCUGGUAUGACUUCCGAGCUGGAUUUUGGGGUGUGAUGGGUCAGCCUUGUCUUGGCAUUAUACCUCCAUUUAUUGAAGAAUUCAACUAUCCAAUGCCCGAAAACUGUGCUGGUGGAAAUACUAGGGUUUUUUUGAAUGGAAGAGAGCUUCAUCAAAAAGAUUUGGAUUUACUUGCUGGCAGGGGACUCCCAACCACUAGAGAUAAAUCCUAUAUUGUUGAGAUUUCUGGGAGAGUUGUGGAUGAGGACUCUGGAGAAGAGCUUGAUAGCCUUGGUAAACUUGCCCCGACAGUCGAGAAGGCAAAGCAUGGAUUCGGCAUGCGGGGUCCAAGAGUGGCUCGGUAGGUAUAAAACCAUGUGGGUGGGGCAUAACGGCUUCAACUGCCAGUGCCAUCAGGAAGAAUUUGGAGCUAAUUUGUCUUUUUGGAUGUAGGUGUUUGAGCAGUUUGUUUCAAACUCAAUUUAGGGAUGUUUUCAUUGGUGUUUUCAUUGAUGGGGUGAAGCAACCUUUCAUCUUCAUCGUGUGCCCGAUUGUAUGUGUUUGAAAUACGUUUACUCUGUAAAUCUGGUAGCCUUAGCUGCUUCUUAUGGGUUCUGUCUUUUGCAGG